AUGCUCGAAAAUAAAUUUGCAGAGCAUGCGCGGGCGUUUGUGAGCGAGAGUGUGGAGAGCCGACAGCCGUGUGUGUUUUGUGAGCGUUUCGUGGUGGAGAGCCGUCGCUUCUUCUUCUGCUUCUUCGGAUGCGUGCCCAUGUGCAGGAUUCUGUGUGUUUUUCGUCGGUUCCUCUGGCGAGGGUGGGGACGCCGCCGGCGUUUGUGUGCAUUCCACGAAAUGAAUUAAAUUGAGAUGUCAAAUGUGCAAUUUACUACCCUUUGUUAGUCAUUGUUUUAUACGACUUCUUGCCACUACAGCAAUUUCAAUAUGGUAAUUUCGAAAAGAGCUUAUCGAUCUUCAUGUCUCUACGGCUGCCAGCGUUUAUAAUUUAAGCGAAAGCGUGCGAUCCCCUCUGUCGCAAAUCGUCGCAAACAUUCCUUCCCGUUGUUUAUUCUCGUUUCAAUUGCCUAAUGUCGUGCCGUAUGUUGUUUGGAAUUGUCUCCAUUUUCGUCAUUCAUUUUAACUCGGCUGCGUUUCCUUAUUUUCUAGGGAGUUUUACCUUUCCAAUAUUUUUUUCAGAUCAUUUCAAAGCAAAAAAACUUUGAUCAUGAUUUCUUUCGUGGUCAAUUUAUGAAUGUACUUUUGAAAGCUUGAAAUAUUUGCUCUGGAUUUUCAGCAACAACAUGGAAAAAUGAAAAAAAAAACCUGUCUGCUGUUGGGAUUAUGAAAAUUGAGUCUUAGGAUCCUGGUUUAUUGAUACGAGAUUUAUUCACUCAUUUUGGAAUAGUUUGACCAGUUUACGUUUUCUUUACUCUUAACAACGUUAUGCUUUUAAUUUGCUUUUUCUCGUUGGAAUGACUUCACGAAUGGUGAGAGGAAGAAGAGCACAGACAUAGCAGAUCUUUUUCAGUUGUGGCCAAUGGUGUUGUGUUCGGUUUUUCAUAUUCAAAGCUUUGUUCAGAUAUGUCAAAUCUUUAGUAUAUUUCAAUUUUUCUCUAUGUUACUUUUUUUCUGAAAACGUCCAAGUUUUUUCAUAAUUGUUUUAUUAAUUUGUUUAGUAAUGAAUGCUGUUUUAGAUAUUUUCGUUUUUUUUUGUCGUUACAUCGUUUUUAGAAUUUUUUUCAUGAUGUUUUCAGGACGGUGUGGAUGAGCUCGGAAGUACGCGGGCAAUACUGAGAUGCGUGGCAAAUCCACGCGGGAUGCGGCCUCGCUUGUCGCUCACAGUUCCUUUUCAAUCGGUCACCGCGUCCUCCAGUUUCCGUCUCCGUACUUUCAGCCGCUCUCGUGUUAACCAGUUUUUUUCAGGUAAUCUAUUUUUUUAUUUUUUUAAUCUUUAAUGAUAAGGCUCAUUUUGAGUAUACUUGAAAAAAACUUCAAGUCCAAUCUCAGAAAUGCGUUGCUGAAAAGUUAGGUUUUUUUACGUGAUAGUUUUUAAAUACUUCAUGAAAAUUAUAAAUAACCAUCUUUAUGAACAGGAAAUCAAAGUUUUUUUGUUAUUAACUUUCUGCAAUUUCAAAAAAAAAUUUUAGACUUUAUCCAAAAAAUCUCGAUUUCGAUAAAAGUCGGAAUGAAAUAAUGAACUAUUUCGCAGUUGUAACUGAAAUUAUUCCGUGAGAUAGUUACGAAAAAGUAUUCAAACUUGGAUAUUUUCGUCAGAAUGUUUUCUUCACUUCAAAGAAAGGUUUUUCUGAAAAAAAAACGUGUUUUAAAAAUUUUUUUAAAAAAAUUUUUGAUUCUCAGAUACUCACAUAAAUUUGUCAGAUUGGAUAUUACAGGUGACAUUGCGAAUCCACCUCUGUUCGCUGAUUGCGUGUGUGGCAGCCACGCAUUAUGCCUCCUUACAAGAACCCUGUGAAUCUGCCUCUUUUCCGGGCCAAGUGAGUGAUUAUCAAGCGUUUUUGCUUGUAUAAGUGAUCUAGAGAAUCAAAAAAAUAGAUUUUGCGAUUUUUUCAUUAGUCAAAUUGUGUUUCAAAGCAGCAUCUGCUUUGAUUUAACAAUUUUCCUCACCUAAGGAAAAGGUCAACUUCACUCGCUAAAAACUCCCUUCUAUUACAGACACAUCGCAAUGACACCGGCCAAUGCAUUUUUUGGUCCGAAGCGGUCAUACCUCAGCUCUGCGAGCAACCUUAUACACAGACUAGAAUACGCAUGCUUCGUCAUAUUUUUGUUUCUCAUGAACUACAUCCUCUUUCAUUGUUUGAGGUGAGAUUCUCUGAUGUUCUGAUGAGAUUUCCUCGUUUGAAGCUAUUUGCGGUUGGUUGGAAAGACGGUGGAAGCAUUUACACGGCACAGCUUCUGCCUGGUGAGAAAGGAGCCGACUGCAUUUCUGGCACCGAAAGUCGUUGUACAGCUUGUUUCAAACGGGUCGCAGGUAUCUUUUCGAACUCAAAUUUUCGAUUUUUCAAAUUUUUUUCUUCUUUUCAUUAUUGCUCUCAUAAUGGUGACAAUAAAAAAAGUCAACAUAUUAUCAGAUAUUUUUCAGAUUUGGAUGGAAAUCAUUCUGAAAACUUGCAGAAUAAGUUAGAAAUUACCCAUGUUUAAAAACUUAGAUGCUAUUUUACUGCAGAACUCAAGAAAUACAGACUUUCUCAGCUCGACCAAUGUUGGUGGCCUUUUUGGCCGUUGAUUUCUCGAACACAAACGAAGGCUUACCGGCCACUUUGUGUCACCGGAUAAAGCUAUGAAAGCGCUCAAUUGGAUUAGGCUUACGAGCAUUCGUGCUCGUACGCGUUGGGAGCCAAAUAGACAUCCUCCGUCCUAAAACUUUCUGCGCCUUUUCGCAUCAUCCAAGACACGCAGCGGCCGCGGGUUCUUUAAUAGAAUCAGGACAAGAAUCCAUGCCGUUAAGAUGCUUUGAAACAUGCCGGAAGCGGCCGAAAAAUCGCUGAAGCUGUGGAGAGAACAUUUGAAAAAUAAAUAAAGUUAUGGUAAUUUCUGACGUGUAGCGCGUCUUUGACAGAAUAGGUAGGAGAUAGGCAAAUUAAAUCUUGGUAGAAAGAAUGAAACAUAUUUUUUUAAUCAUUAUAUUUCGUUUCAGAUUUUUAUAACGGUUAAUUUUUUUCAGAUAAUAUUCGGAAACUGGAGGACGCCUAUCGGUCCUUUGACACAACUUUGUCGCGGUUCGACUGUUUGUUGGCCCACGAUACGGCGUCCGCAACGAGGCCGUUCUCACCCAACGCCACUUGUAAUAACUGCAAGGUGCGGCUUCGUGUUUUUUUUUUUUUUGAAAACUUGAAGAAAGCCACCCGAAAAGUUAAAACUUUUUUUGGGACAAACUUGUACUUGUAUUAUCAUCGGAACUCUUUUCUAUCUCAAUCAGUGAUAUUACAAUAGAAGCUACUAACAGACUGAAAAAUCGUCAGAAUAGAGGCUCAGAAUAUUAAUAUGAAAAAUAGUAAUUUGGCCUCCACCAAUAUUUCUACCACGAUGUUCGAAUUGAAUCACCCAAACAUAAAUGAAGUCAUUUUUAUUUGGAGAGAGUUCAGCUUCAUUAUUUGUUCGAGUUUUUUGAACUUCCAGAUGAAGUGAACUUGAAUCGCUUCUAGGCCUAAUUUUUUGUUCGGUUUCGAAUUGCGUUGAACUUGGACAAUUACCAAAGCCCGGCCCAAAAUUCCCGUUUGGUCGCUGAGUGUAGGUAUUCCACUCGACGCAACGUUUUUCAAGAGGACACACGAAGAUUGAUUUUUUAUUAGGAGGCCCAGGCCUCGCAAAGCUCCCUCAGGAUUCGACUUAACAUGUAAAUAUUCGCGCAACACUUGUGUGGGAACUUGAAAUUCCAUAAUUUGGCGCUUUCCGAUGGGCCUCUAUUAGUCUGGCACAAUGUUGCGUGUGGAUCGAAAAGCCGAAAUCCCAGAGUGUUCGAGAACACGCGCAGCUUUCCGGGGGCUCAGAACCAAAAAAAAAACAUUAGUGCCAAGUGUCUGCCAAUUUCUGACUGAGCUUGCGAGGCUUUUUCGAGCGGCUUGAAAGCCUCUGGGAAAAGACGUACAAAACAAUUGGAAACAUAUCUCGUCAAUGAGCUAAAUGUGCAAUCCAGUUGGUUCAAGCUGAGAAGCUUUCACAGCGAUCUUAAAGAUGCUAAUAAUGGCGUUUCUGCUGUUGACAUGUUUCCUACGUUUUGAAGAAGUUCUGGGUGUCGGAUUUUUUCAUGCUGCCCAAAAAAAAGUUCUACAGGGAUAGUAAAAACAAAAACCACACCUGUGAAAAUAUCAGGCUGGACCGGUUUCAACAACUUCGAAUUAUAACUUCGGUGACAUUUUUUUUGCGAGGCAAGUACUCUUUCAAAUCUCAUCCUGCAUCUUUUACUAAAAAUAUUUGAUUUCUUCAGCUUUUUUGCGCAAUUCCGAGUUCUGAGUCUGUUUAGACAUAAUUUCCUUCAAGGAAAAUACUAAGAAAUUGUGGUUUUUUUGACUAGCAAAGCAAGAAUUCAAAAAAAAAUGCAUUGCAAAUAGCUUUGAAAAUGAAAGUUCAAAAAACGUUUUCAGUUGUGGUAUCGACGAUGGCUCUUGGUACAGACGUUGCAAGUGUGGACGCGGCAGCCCUGCAUCAACUGGUGCUACUAUACGCAGCUCGCCUGUCCACACCUGGCACCGGCCAAAAUUUGGGACUACGCUGGACACCCGUCUUUUCAGUGCAGAGGUAGGCGUUCAAAAUUUCAAAAGCCUGAAAGAUCAUGUUUUUAAAGUUACAUUUGGGCAACUUAUCUGCUUCUCGUAGCUGAGAAUUCAAGUCUAAACUAUUUUUUCCUUCAAGAUACAACGGCUUUGCAAAUCGUAUUCAAAAUUUAUCUGACUACUCGAAAAUACUUUUCUUUACAAAUUCAAAUAUAAUUUUUCGAAACGUUGGUGUUCGUGUGCUUUGCGGUUUCAAACUCAAAAGUUCAAACUUUUUGAUCGAAGAUUUCCCCGGAAGGAUAAAAAAAAAAAUAAAAAUUUUUUGGCAAAAUCUCGCGGUCUCCGACCAGCUCAAAUGCAAAAUUUUGAUAUAUACAUCACACAGCUCAAAAAAAGCUGAGCUUCGAAAGAUUAAAUCGCGAUUUUUCGAUUUUAUCUUUCAAACAACGAGACAGAUACAAAUAAACUUAGGAAUCUUAAAUAGGAAAUGAACAUGAAAAAGAUAUUCAAAGUCUCCAAAGCUAGAAGUCAUAGCCAAGCAUUUCAGCAGCUUCAGUUAAAAGCCAGGAUCUUUACCAAAGUUUUGGAUGAGACCUCGCACUUGUGAAAUUCAGACAUGGACAUCGACAGCUGGCGCAAUGACUGCGACUGCGUCCACCCUUGCGACGUCAAAGGAAUCGUCGGACCCGGAUCGUCGGCGGCGACGCCUUCAUUUCGGCACGACUUCUUUGCCGCCCAAAUCCACUGCAAGACACGAAAAAAGCAAUGCCGUGCCAGGUCGACGGCUCACGAUCGGAAAAGCGUGAGCAGUACGGAGCUGAGACCUGCUCUCCUCGCCGUCUUGCUUUCAGUCGCUCUUGCCUUGCUGUGA